AGGCGGCUCGCGCGCGCUCCCGGCCCCGGCCGCGCCGUUGCGGCGGUGCCGGCAGGGGGCGCGGGCGCGGCCGUUCCGCCAUGGCGGAUUACGAGGCGGUGCAGCGCGGCCCGCUGCGGCUGAAGGGCAGCGGCGGGGCCCUGGGCGCCGGCAAAAGGAAGAAGAAGAAGGCGAAAGACAAGGCCCAGAUGCUGGAGCAGAUCGUAAGCAGCAAGAAACAGGAGGAGGAGAAGAAGCGCGGGCUGGACAAGCGGACCCCGGCGCAGGUGGCCUACGAGAAGAUGCAGGAGAAGCGGCAAAUGGAGCGGAUCCUAAAGAAAGCAUCGAAAACCCACAAGCAGCGAGUGGAGGACUUCAACAGGCACUUGGAUACUCUGACUGAGCAUUACGACAUUCCCAAAGUCAGCUGGACUAAAUGACCGGGCUUCUUUUCACGGCUGUGGAGCUGGAGUUGUGUUUUGUUUGUAUCAAGCAGGGUUGCCAUGUAAAUCUGUCUUUUCUCCAUAUUGUCUAAUACAUCUUCUGAGCUUUUAUGACUUUA